CGGACGCAGUGGCGCCGCGCUCUCGCCGGACUCCAGACCUGGGAAGAAGGCGGCGGCGGCGGCUCCUCUUGUCGGUGCAGGGCAGGUGAGUGCUGGGGACCCGGCGGCGCCCCGGCGCCCCGCUUUUUGGUCGCGGCUCAGCGGGGAAAGGGACCCGAGAGGGAGAGAGUCGUGCGCGCACCUGCCUCUCCUGCCGUCCAGGUGGGCGCACCAGAGAAGCGCGGUUGUCCGCUCCAAGUUCCCUGGACCCUCGACCUGGGAUGGAGCCGAGAGCUGCGCCCCCGAUCCCAAGGUCCUUAAGAAAACGCACUUGCCAGGGAGUAAGGCUCCUUGAACAAAGCGAGGCUUCCUUCCGAGUAAACGCGCCUAGGCUUUGCGCUGCUGAUCGGCUUGAAACGGGAGCGGGUUGUUUUUAGGAACAGAAAGGGACUCUGCUUUUCCUUACACACACACACAUAAAAAAACUCCACUCCUGGUUCCUCGACGCCUCGUUGAUUUCAUCAGUAUAAUUUUUAGGAGGUAGGCGGGUGAGUAGGAGGCAUGCUGCUGCUGUUGGUGGUCAGACCAUUGGGGACCAGAGAUCCUUUGCAAAUUCAGAUCUCUCUUCUUCAGCUCACCUCUGUUGAAAUGUUCCCCCAUUCCGCAGCAACCAGGUAUCUCUCCAAAAGGGGUUCUUUUGCCAGUGUUACUAAAGUGCCCACUUGGUUUUCAGCAUUAGGGAGUUAUUGGACCCCUUCAGAACCUGGUGCGGAAAACGUGGGAAGAUUCAGAAGAAUUGCUUCUGAAUGUAUGACUUUUGUGUCUGGCUCUCUGGGUUUGGGCUGUUUAUUUCUUAAAAAUAAAGCCUCAAGCUGCCCUGGCCUUACAGCCCUGGAAAAAGUAUAGGCUUGGUCAGUUGUCAAAGUGGGUCCAUUACAAGGGCUUGAAAUAGAUCAUUGUAUUAUUUAUGAAAGGCUGCCAAACAGGAGCCAUGUUUGCUUUUGCUUAUAAAAUACUCGGAAAUGGAAUUUGCAGGUGAAAUUGCCAAGCUCUUGGGAGACUGGAGGAUUUUCCUGGAGGUUUUGGGAAGAUUUGCCUGUGGAGGUGGAUCUGUAUAUGGAAACAUGCUUCCUUUGAGCCGGCAGGUUUAAUGAUUACCUGUUUAUAGUAGCUGUAAUUAUGUAGCACAUUCUUUCUCUCCCUUUCCUGCUUCUGCUCAGUGUGCUUUCUUGAAAAUAAGUUCCAUUGGACUUUUUAAAUUUUCAUUAUUUCUUUAUGCUGCAUAUAUAUUGCUCGAUAAUGACUUUCAGAGCUUGUACAUAAUAGUUUUUGCUCCAUUUUCUUCUAUAUAUUCCUAUCAAUCAAGUCCUAGAGUUGUUUUCCCCCUUUGUUAAGUUAUUUUCUUACUUGUAAGAAAGGUGACCCUAUAUUGAAAAUAGGGGACUAUAAAUACUAGACCCUGAAUGGGAGGGAUGCAUAAUAAUUGCAGAGCCAAACGAAUAGAUGGAAAGAAGGUGCAUCGUCUGUUGUAAGUAAGAGCACCUGUUUCAGACUAGGGUCAGGUUGGCUGCAGCUGCAGCCUAAUGCUUUAAAAACUAAGGCUUAAAUAGUGGACAGAACAUCUCUGAUUGAAAUGCUGUGGACAACAGUCACUUUGUGGUGGGUUUUCCCUGGGGGGCAGACAGGCCAGCAGGCAAUCUAGUACACAGAAUUGCAAAUAUGGAAUCUGGAAGAGGAGUGGGGGGAAGCAACCCUCAUACUUCUCAGUGGCCUGGAAGGAGUUUUUUUUAAAAAAAAAAGUUGGGGGGGAAAUCAGGUGCUUGGCAAAAGGAUGUUCGUCUGCAGCAACUGGAUUUGUUUCAGGUACGCUGAUGUUUUCUGCAAGAAGCACAUUAAAUAUCGAGGUGCCCAUCUUCAGAAACUUGGGGAUAUGCUGCAAUCCCAUCCCCACUUACCUGGGAGUAAACCCCAUUGGACUCAGAAGAACUUGCUGCUUGGUAGACAUGUACCAGACUGCACUGAGAGCUGCUCAGAAAAGUGUACAUGAUUAUAUAAGACAAGCUGCCUAUAAAGUUAUAUCUAACAGAAACAGUGUGUAUGCGAAGUAUUAAGUGUUGUAAAAGAUCUUAUCAAAUUCUCCAUUUUACUUUUAUCCGCAUUCCACCCCCCUCCCCAGUCAGUCUCUGACCUCCGUUUUCUAGGCACUGUGCAAAACUUGUUCUAAUAAGCUUGAUAGCCCUAGUCACUGAAAAGAAGAAAAGUAAAUUAGUUCUAGGGCUGUGGCGUUCUGCCGGCAUUUGAAUGACUUGGAUGUUUUUAAUGACUUGGUACUAGUAUCUCUCUCCCAUUGAAGCAUGCCGGAUUCAAUAGAUGUAAUUGCAUAUACAUAUUUUUUUGAGCUUUAUGUCUGUCCUUGAACAGGAAUAUUCAUUUCAUUAAUUAAGGAUGAUGCACUGGUGUAUUACUGUUGUUAUUAGGGCUGCCAUCCAACUGGAUAAAUCUUAAUGAAUUAAACAAAACAGAUUUAAUUAAGAGUGUGGUCCUACCUCGGGGCCCGAAAUGUUGAUGGCUAUAGGAUGAUGGUAUGAGUGCCCUGUAGAUGCGUCUCUGCUGGCCAUGGGGUGGUGGUUAGGAUACCCCUCUGCUGGGACAUGAGAACACUGCUCCCCCCAGGCAAGGGGUGUGUGUGGCUUUUCUGCAGCAGAGACACCCUCCCACUAUGCCGGGGUAGGCAACAUAAGGCCCAUGGGCCACAAGCAGCCCACGGGGCCCGUUUAACUGGCCCAUGAGCUGCCCCUGAACCAAGCCGCCCACUUGGCAAGUCCCCGCGUGCAGUGCUAAACCAGCACAGCGCGGCAUGGGGACUCUCUUUUGCGGUGCCGGAAAUUGCGUCUGUGCAUGCUCAGAUGCCAAAAAUUGCAUCUGUGCAGACGCCAGGAAUCACGGCUGCGUGCACUCAUGUGCAUGCGCGAUCUGGCCCACAGAGGGAUCUCCGCUGGAGUGAACUGGCCCAGGCGAGGUAAACCCUGCCGACCGCUGCUCUAUGCCCAAAGAGAUGGAAAACUAUGGUUGGCAGUUCUCCUACCAAAUGGUAGCAAAUAGCCUCCAAAUGGGGUGUUUCAGGGGUAGGGCACCAGUGGUUUGGGGUCCAUUGUCUCCAGAGCUCCAUGGGUCCUUCGGGGGUCCAGUCAUUGAACCCCUCAGCUACACCAGCCAGGAACUGGUGAAGUUGAAGACAGGACAUCAACCACUCACUUUCCACCUCAACUGACACAAGGUGGCUGGGCUUAGGAUGUGGGAGCGGUUCUGCUGCACCCCCCCCCUUAGGAUUGCUCUGCCCAUCUGAAUUCAUUUGCAUAUGGUUUUAAAAAGUAGUUUUUUUGGGAGGAAAUAUGCAGACUUUGUUUUUAGAUAGUAGAUGUUGCAGCAGGUGCCAUCUAUUUUGUUGAACUACAUGUUACCUUAAAUGUGUUGCUUGCUCUCUGUUGUUGUUGUCGUGGCUGGUUAAUACUGAGCACAUAGUUCUGCCCCUCCCCAUUUUACCCUUGCAGCAACAACCCUCUGAGGUGGUUUAGGUUGAGGGACAGCGACUGGCCCCUAGUCACCAAGUGGGUUUCAUUGGCUGAUUUGAACUCUGGUCUCCCAUGUCCUAGUCCAGCACUCUAAUCGGACCACACUGUCCUGCAGAUUCAUUCUUCUCUUGCAAACUGGGGAGAGAACAGGCUGCUCCUGUUGAGGGGAAGAUCUCCGUAUCCUGAUCUGUACCUUGAUAUGUUGUGAGGCUUGCCAUGAAACUAUGCAUGCCCAGAUGCACCCUAAGAAAAUCUCUCUUGUCAUACUUAGCAGUAUCUGCUUUAAGUGAUUGCUGAUCCAUGGCCAUUUGAUGUACCUUUGGGGACAGUCAAUUUGCUGAUGAAGAAUUAUCAUUGAAACAGUUCAUUAUCCUGGAAGAACUGUUCUGUCUGCUGCUGUGCUUGGAGCACCCUAUUGCUACGUUUGGAGCACCCAUCACCUCACAUUAGUAGGAAAUGAACUUUGGAAAGGCAUUCUGCCUCCAUUUCAGUGAUCUUUAUUUUUUUUUUUAUAGUUGAUAUUUAUUGAAUUUUCAAAAAAUAACAACAAAAAUUUCCAGAAAAAAAUUUAAGGAUACAAAAAACAAAAUUAGUGCAUAAACAAAAAAGAAAAGAAAACCCAGCCGCAAAGAAAAAAAAAAAGAGAAACAGAAAAACAAAAAUAUAAAGUCCUUUACAAUCUCUAUUGACUUCCUUUCUAGACUUCCUCCUCCUCCCCUCUUUUGUUUCUUAAUUUUUAAUUUUUACAGCAAAUCCUUUCUGUUUUUUCAUAACAAUCUGUCAUUACGUUUCCUUAUUCUAUUUUCCCUCUUGUCAUAUAAAAACUUUAAAACUCAUAGCUUAUAUUCAAUAUUUACCAAAUUCUUGCAUCAUUACCUUUUACGAAUCAUUUACCAAUCCUUACUUAAGUCAUGUAAUUUCAUUCAACAUCCUUCAAACAUUUGUAAGCAUUCCCAAUAUUAAAAAGUAAAAGAAAAAAUAAUAAGUCAAAUUCAGUCCAGUCAGCUUCCAACCUCCCCUCCCUGGACCCGGGAUUGUCAGUCCUUUUAACCUCGGUAAUCCGGCUCCUUAACCUGGUUGUCUCGUAUCCGAGGCCCUCAAGUCUCUUUCUUGCCCCUUUCGCCACUCUUGUUGAUGAUUCCUUUCCAGUCGUGGAUGCUCCAGCAAGAAAAUGCUUUUGACCCUUUGCAACAAGUCCAUCCCAAACCCAUUGCCCAAGCCAGACAGCAAAUAAUACCACUUCAAAUUUCCACAAAGCUUGGAGACUUCGGCUACUCCAAUCCUCUGAUAGCCCAUCACCAGACUCGGAAGGUCCAAAUAACCAUAUGGAGGGGGUCGAUCCAUCCCCCAUUUCCAAAUCUGACCACAUUUCAUCUUUCCGAAUCUGGUUUGUCCUAAGUUCAUUUAUCAAGUUCAAAGGCUGAUCUUGCCCGUCCAAAGGUCCCUCCAUCUCUGAAGCCUCCGUCACUACAGCAGGUUCAUAUGCUUGUAUAGCCUUUAACUGAAUUUCAUUUGUUUGCUGCUGUGCUCUGGUAACUUCCAUCAUCAAGGUCGUCUCCUGACGCAUCUGGUCCAGCUGGGCACUUAGUUUUGAAAAACCUUCCAGGAACAAUUGUUCAAGCCUUUGUACUAGCAUUGUCCUUCAAGGUCAAAGAAAAUUCUUUCCCACGAGAAUAGUCCAAUAGUCCUUCUCUUUUAAUCUCUCUGCGUUGCAAUUUCACUAAAUUCCACUAGAUGGAAUUUUUUUUUUUUUUAAAAGGAAUAAAAGCAACAGCAACAAUCUUUCUUUUUCCAGAAACACUUUAUCCAAAAUUCCCCUUCCAAAUUCAAGAGGCAACAGUAGAAUCAAAAUGUUACCCUUCUUUUAACUAACUGUCGAGCUGGAUAAACUUCAGAACGUCAAUUCUGACAGCCCGCUCCUGGUUCAGGGCGGUGGAAAAUUGCUUUAUUUUAAACUCACUUCCGCAGGAUUGAAAAGUCCAAAUACAACCCCCUUUUUCUCCUGCAGUCAAAGGGGGGGUUCAGAAAUCUUAGAUGUUGAAUUCUAGUUCUCUUAAAAUUUAAUUUUCAGGCUUUAGUAUAUUUUGUCUUUGCUUUCUUCACAUAACAAAAGAACGGAAGGCGACUUCCUGUUUAGACCUUCCCAUUCCGAGUCCCAAUUAAGUUCAAUUUCAAGUCCAAUAUUAUUUGUUUAUUCACCAGUCUUAAAAGUGGUUCAGCUCUUCCAAGAUCAGGUACUCACGGAUAGAUGUUUUAGAUGCCAAAUUGUCCAGGAAAAAGGCAGCGCUCUCCGAUAACGGCAGUGCGGCUUUGCUGCACGGAGGAAGCAGACGACUCACAGCACCACGCACCUCCCACUCCGGAGCCCGGUAACGGGCUCCGGUACAAGGGGAGAGAGCGCUCUCGGUGCCCGCCGAGUCCCACGUCCACAGGCUUCUUCCGCCUGUGGUUUUUGCGGGUCCCCGCUGCGCCGUAGCGGCAGGACCCAAGCCUCCGUGCAGCGGGUUCCCUUCAGUCCGAAGGGAAUUCCGCCAUUUUCCGGAGGCGCCACCCCGGAAGUCUCCAUUUCAGUGAUCUUUAACAGUGACUUACCACGCCUACCAUUCCUGUUCAUGGAACAUUAAUUUGAUGCUUAUUAGUUUGUGACUCCAUGCACAUAUUAUAUGUCUUCUGUUUAUGAAUUUUGAAAUACUAUAGUGUUAUAAGGGAUGCGGGUGGCGCUGUGGGUUAAACCACAGAGCCUAGGACUUGCCGAUCAGAAGGUCGGCGGUUCGAAUCCCCACGACGGGGUGAGCUCCCAUUGCUCGGUCCCUGCUCCUGCCAACCUAGCAGUUCGAAAGCACAUCAAAGUGCAAGUAGAUAAAUAGGUACCGCUCCGGCGGGAAGGUAAACGGCGUUUCCGUGCGCUGCUCUGGUUCGCCAGAAGCGGCUUAGUCAUGCUGGCCACAUGACCCGGAAGCUGUACACCGGCUUCUUCGGCCAAUAAAGCAAGAUGAGCGCCGCAACCCCAGAGUCGUCCGCGACUGGACCUAAUGGUCAGGGGUCCCUAGGUGGGCAGGAGCAGGGACCGAGCAACGGGAGCUCACCUCGUCGCAGGGAUUCGAACCGCCGACCUUCUGAUCAGCAAGUCCUAGGCUCUGUGGUUUAACCCACAGCGCCACCCGCGUCCCCUAGCUCACAUUACAAAGCAGUUAUUUAGCAGACCUGGUUUUUUAUUAUUUUACCUCUUCCUUUGUUUUUUUGCAGAAAUCCCAUCUUUUAGCUAUAAAAUCACAGGCUGGGAGAGGAAUUCCUGCAUUGCAGGGGGUUGGACUAGACGACUCUUGGGUCCCUUCCGAUUCUAUGAAUCAAAAACCCAAACAUAUUGCAAUACAGAUGGGCAGGGUAUAAAUUAUUAUUGUUGUUGUUGUUGUUGUUACACUCUUGGGUCUCUCUCUCUCUCUCUCUUUCUCUCUCUUCCCUCAUUCAAUCUUGCUUUUCAACAAUGGGUAAAAUCUAUGUUUCUGUUUAAAAAUAACAUCACAGAAAAUUUAGAACCAAAAAACAUUAAAUGUAUUACUAUGGUUGAUUUAACUCAGUUUCAAGAAGUGGAAUUUCACCCUCAGUGAACAUACCUUUAUUGUUUGCAUUCUUUUUUUUCCUAAUCUGUCAUCAUGUUGAUUCAAGCAAUGAAUUUAAGACCAUAGUCCUAUGCAUAUUUGCAAGGGAGGAAAUAUUGUUUGCAUGUUUAUCUUAAUCCUUUGUAGGAAAUGAUUGAUGAUGGUCGAGGCUUUACUGUGAUCUAGGGACUCUGCCAUGGAUCAGCUUUAAUGUACGCCUUUGUGCUAAAUUUGCUCAGGGAGACUGUUUGGCACCAGAGUGCGUUCGCUGUAUCUCCUGGGUUGCAUGGGCAAAAAUGUUUCUUAUGGAGGUAGCAUUGUUGGGUCGCAUGAAUUGGAUGCCUUCAACAGGAGAUUGGUGCAGAUCUUGAGAGCCCAUCUGCACUUGCCUGCAAAGCCCAGAGUUUCUGUAUUCGGUUUGUCACCUUGAGGUCCAUACCUGAGCUCCUUGUGCUCUGGUAUGUGAUUUUUAGAAUGUGGUGUUUCUUGUUCUGCUCCUGGGUUUUCCAUUAUUCAUUCUUUCCAGCAAUGCCCAACCCCAAUCCUCAUGGAUUAACUGUCUACAGUGGAAAAAAAACGAGAAAGGCAUAAGCGUGCAGUGGUUUUAAAACCAACUACAGUGGUACCCUGGGUUACAUACGCUUCAGGUUACAGACUCCGCUAACCCAGAAAUAGUACUUCAGGUUAAGAACUUUGCUUCAGGAUGAGAACAGAAAUUGUGCUUUGGUGGCACGGCGGCAGUAGCGGGAGGCCCCAUUAGCUAAAGUGGUGCUUCAGGUUAAGAACAGUUUCAGGUUAAGAACGGACCUCUGGAAUGAAUUAAGUACUUAACCCAAGGUACCACUGUACAGGCAUACCUCGGGUUACAGAUGCUUCAGGUUGCACGAUUUCGGGUUGCGCACCACGCCGAACCCGGAAGUCCCGGAAUGGGUUACUUCCGGGUUCUGGAGCUUGCGCAUGCACAGAAGCGCUGAAUCUCAAACCACACGUGCACAGAUGUGGUGCUGUGGAUUGCGGACGCUGCGGGUUGCAAACGUGCUUUCAGUAUGGAUCACAUUUGCAACCUGAGCUUCCACUGUACCUCGGGUUACAGACACUUCAGGUUGCAGACUUCGCUAACCCAGAAAUAGUACCUUGGGUUAAGAACUUUGCUUAAGGAUGAGAACAGAAAUCGUGUGGCGGCAGCAUGACGUCAGCAGGAGGCCCCAUUAGCUAAAGUGGUACCUCAGGUUAAGAACAGUUUCAGGUUAAUAACGGACCUCCAGAAUGAAUUAAAUUCUUAACCCGAGGUACCAUUGUAGGUAGGGGGAAAUCUGGAUUUAUAGGGGGAAAAGUGAAAGCAGCUACUUUCGGUGAAUGUAGCAUAGACCAGGAGGAAUUAAAAGCUGCAGAAUCCAAGUUAAGUAGAAGUGUGGAUUGGCUUUGAUGAGUCUACUUACAUAAUGACCAGCAUAACAGACUAGUUUAACAUCCAAAAUAAAUGCAAACACUUAAAUUUCCUCACUUCCUCCCACCUAACACAAGAUGUCGGGCAUCACUACACAAAACACAACUCACUAUUCUGGGUUGGGUAAUUUGCUUUUCUUUAUAUCUGCAUAAAUUUCUAUGCUGCUAAAUCAAGAAGAAGAAAAUCUUCUCAAAGCAAUAUACAUAAUAAAUAAAAAACCAAAGGUAAAAAUAUAAAAAGAACAUAAAACUGGGUCACUUAUCUGUGAUGGUAGUGAUAUGGUGAUAGUUAGACCAACACAGUAUUUGAGCACAGCAUGUCUGAGAUGCUCACCUGGAGAUAAAGACCUACCUUUAGAGACAUGAUAAAAGACCAGAAUGAUUAGAUGUUUGGAAACAAAGCACCAGUGAAAUGAUCCCAAAUUGGAUGUUCCUUGCCAGUGUUUCCCCAGGGGUCAGUUUAAAAGCUGCUACUGCUGAGCCUUUAAUGUCAAAAUGUCAAAAGUCAGGUUUCACUUUCAGUUCACACAAACACCUGGCCUCCAUCUCUGCCAGCAUCUCAGAGAAAGCUACCUGGGAUAGUCAUGAGGAUAAAUGUGCCUGUGCUUAAAGUAAUAACUCUGAUGAAGAAGAGAAGGAGGAAAUGAAAAUCAUGCUAGGUACCAUCUUAGAAGAGAAAUCAUUUCCUGUAUGAGAGGAGAGGGGGAAUACCUCUUCUAAGAAUCGCCAUCUGAAGUUUUGUAAGCAUUUACCUUUGAAAUAAUUGUUUAUUUGCCUGAUAAGCAAGAGCUGGUUUUUUAGGUUAUGAAAAAACACUCUUGCUGCUUAAUGUAUUCUAGAGUUACCAUAUUUCAAAAGUUGUUGAUGUCUCUUUUUUUGCUGAAGUUGUUGAGCUUUUAGGUUGUUUUUUUAAAAAAAGAAGUUUUUGAGCUGUUUUUAAUCAAAUUCUCCAAAAUCUACACUGCCGUAUGUCCAGAUUUUCCUGGACAUUUAGCGAUUUCUGCCCAGACACAGUUUCCAAUGGCCGAAUCCCGGCCAGAAUAUUCCAGAUGUAUGGCAACCCUAUGUAUUCAAAACCUGGCUUUAGUUUACUCAUAUUUUAUUCCAUCCGUCCAACACAGCCUCCUUUGUAGCACACCUGCACCAAUAACUUCAGCUGUUAUUUAGAGCCAGCUGGCAGCAGCAAGUGGUAGACCCGGUAAAUCUUUUAAUCUUCCUCUCCAAAUAUGAAAGAUGACUUGAACAGAUGUACAAUGCUGGUUUUCAUUUUUUUUUCUUUUUUCCUCCUUUUUCCUGUCAUUAUACAAUCCUGGUUUUCUAUAUAACUUUGAUCCCACCUGGAAUAUUAUGUCCAGUUCUGGGCACUACCAUUUAAGAAGGAUAUUGCUAAGCUGGAGAUAAGGGUAUUGAUAAGCUGCAGAGCAGGGUGGCCAAGAUGAUCAAGGAUCUGGAAACCAAGAUAAUAAUAAUAAUUUAUUAUUUAUAUCCCGCCCAUCUGGUUGGGUUUCCCCAGCCAUUCUGGGUGGCUCCCAACAGAAUAUUAAAAACACGAUAAAACCAAGGCUUAUGAAGAACGGUUGAGGGAUCGAGGGGAGUUUAACCUAAAAAAGAGGAGACUGAGGACUCAGCUACAUUAGUAAAAAAAAGUUUUGGCUGUGUUAUAAACAUGCAACACCAGAUGGUGGCAGAGAGCAGAAGAAAAUCAAUCCAAUUUUUACAUAGUGUUUUUUUCUUCUUCUGUUAUAACGAUUUAAUUUCUGACUUACAGCAGUUUUUCCCCUGUGUGUAGAUCCACCCCGAGAGGAGAUAUGGUAGCCAUCUUCAAAUAACUCAAGGGAUGUCACACAGAUGAGGGAACAAGCUUGUGGGGUGACAUGGCCAAGUGAUUCCCAGGAAGCUUCUGGUUAUAGCCCCAUGAGACUCUGGAUCCUCAGGACUUGUAGGUUCGAGCCCCACAUUGGGCAAAAGAUUCCUGCAUUGCAGGAGCUGGGCUAGAUGAUGUUGUGGUCCCUUCUAACUCUGAUUACUCAAUAACCUUAUAAACCUGGGGUGGGACUGCAGCUUGGGAACAGAGAAGAUGCUUUGCAUACAGAAGAUAUUAGGCAUCGCCAAUGGAAAGGAGGGGGAAGCAGGUCAUAGGAGAGGCCUGCUUGAGUUCUUGGAGUGCUGCUGUCCGUCUGAGUAGGCCACGGACAGCAUGGCGCCCUCCAGGUGUUUUUGAACUGCAGCUCCCAUCAUUCUUUUUAAAAAAAAUUAUUAAAUUUUCCAACAUACAUUUAUAAUAUCCAAUCUGAAUUUAUCACAUAUUUUCUCUUUUAGACUUCCUUCAACCUUUCUGACAAUCAUCCAUUAUACAAAUUUUUAAAUAUGCAUGAUGAGCGUUAUUUGCUCAUCACAUACAUAUUUCAAAUAAUCUGAAAAUUUUCCCCAGUCCUCAAUGAACUUUUGAUCUCGUAGAUAUCUAAUCUUUCCUGUUAGUUUGUCUAGUUCUGCAUAAUCCAUCAGUUUCAUUCUCCAUUCUUCAAGCGUCGGCAAUUGUUCCUGUUUCCAUUUUGGGGCCAGUAGUAUUCUCGCUGCUGUUACUGCGUAUUGGAAAAGUUUACAGUCCUUUCUAUUUAUUUCAUUUCCUACUAUUCCUAAAAGAAAAGCCUCUGGUUUCUUAACAAACGUAUAUUUCAACAUCUUUUUCAUCUCAUUAUAUAGCAUUUCCCAGAAGCCCUUCACCUCCUUACAAUCCCACCACAUAUGAUAAAAUGUUCCUUCUUUUUCUUUACAUUUCCAACACUUAUUACAUGUUUUAUACAUUUUUGCCAAUCUAUAUAUCACUUUCAUAACAUUUUCCUUUAACGCAGUACAUGCCGUAAAUUUUAUAUUUUCAUUCCACAGUUUUAUCCAAUCCUUAAACUGUAUAUUAUAACCCAAAUCUCUGGCUCAGUGUAUCAUAACUGAUUUAACUUCCUCAUCUUUUGUAUACCAUUCUAGCAAAAUUUUAUACAUCUUGGACAAAAUUUUAUUCUCAUUAUUUAUUAUUUCUGUUUGAAAUUUAGAUUCUUUUUCCUCAUAACCUCUUUCUUUUAGGUCCUUUUUAAACAUUUCAUUAACCUGGUAAUAAUGCAACCAAUCAUACAUAUACACUUUCACUUCUUCAUAGGGUUUCAUUUUCCAUUUUCCUCCUUCUUUUGUAAUCGGUUCUUUAUAUGUAAUCCAGUUCCCCCUCAUAUUGACUUUCUUAAGACUCAUAACUUCUAACGGAGAUAGCCAGUGGGGAGUUCUUGAUUCUAAUAAACUUCUAUAUCUCUCCCAUAUUUGCAGCUCCCAUCAUUCCUGACAAUUGUCAACGCUCGCCGAGGCUGAUGGGAGUUGUAGUCCAACAGCACCCAGAAGGCAGCGCAUAGGGUACCCCUGGAGCAGGAAAUAGUGGGUUAAAUGAGCAAGUAGUCCGGCUUGGUAUAAAUCAGAUUUCUAAUGGCUAUUGUAGUCUAGGCAAUAGCAGAUCUAGCUGCUAUCAAGAUGAAGCUGUCUUAUAUUUGGGAUCAUGCCUCUGUGACCUUCAGCAUGCCCACUUCAGGCUUUAGGUAGAUGAAAUGUACAGAUGGAAGAAACUAACAAAGAUUUUUUUUUUAAAAAAAGUCAAACAAUAACUGCCUGGGUGAAUUGUAUUGCAUUUUAAUUUACAGUAUUGACUUGGAAGAACAACAGUGCCUCUUGCUUUCCUUUUCCUAAGGCUACAGCGCUUAAAAUACCUGCUUUUUAAAUAACAUUCUUGAGUUCCAUAUCCUGAUAUUGUUCAGGGGGGUGGGUUGGUGCAUUAGUAACAGGUAUGUUGCCCUGAAGAUCCUAGCAAAUGGAUAUUGGCCAAUAAGCUUGUUUGUGCAAAACUCAAAAUGUAAAUGCAAUGUCCUGUGGGGGGGAUUGCUUGCUCAGUUACAAGGAAAGCUUUGCAAAAGUGUACCUCAUCGGAAAGGUGGAUCUAGUGCGAUUGGAUCUAUGUGAGAUUGCCGGGUUGCAAACAGGGCAGAAGUGGAAACCGUGGAAACGGCGAGAUGGGGGAACAUUUUGAGCGAGGUCUUGAGGGUGUGCAUAGCGGGAUCAAAUUGUACAAGACUAAAUAUCACUAGGGAACCUACAGCUGCUGCUGGUUCCUGUGACUCACAGAGCCAAGGACAAAGGGUGAACAUGCGCUCGCGAUGUCUUGGGGGAGGAAAACAAGCUGUGGCUACGGGUGGAAUCGCUCGUGACAUUUCCAUGCAUGAAAGGGAAUUUGAUGGAAGCAGAUAAGCUAACAGUCCUGCUGUUAUUAUAAACACUCUUGAGAACAUUAUUCAGACAAAGAUGCAGGUUUGUGGUGCUGUAGGCCAUUAGGAAAUGGUUGAACUGUAGAUUCAUACUAUGUUCCAGAGACUCCUGGGGUUUCUCAGGAAGAUCAGCUGUGAUUCUUUGGCCAAGAGGUCAAUAAUUUAUUUUUACUACAGUGGUACCUUUGGUUGCGAAUGGGAUCCGUUCCGUUCGCAACCUGAGCAGAACGCAACCAGCAUCCGCGGGUCGCGAUUCCCUGCUUCUGCACAUGCGCAUGACGUCAUUUUGAGCGUCUGCGCAUGCACGAGCGGUGAAACUCAGAAGUAACCCGUUCCGUUACUUCCGGGUCGCCGCGGGACGCAACCUGAAAACGCUCAACCUGAAGCAUCUUUAACCCGAGGUAUGACUGUAUUUGUUAAAUUUGUGUACAACCCUUCAUCUGAAGAUCACAGGGGCAGUUCACAACAUAAAAAAUCCAAAAUGAGAACACAAAAUGCCUAAUAAAACAAAAAACUCCCCUCCCACAAACACGUUUAAUCCGCCCAAGGCAACAUUUUCGCCUGGGGCCUAAAUAUAUGUAAUGAAGGCACUAGGCAAGCCUCCCUGGGGAGAGCGUUCCACAGAUGGGGAGCCACCACAGAAAAGGCCUGUUCUCAUCUUGCUGCCUUCCAGGCCUCUCUUCUUGGGGCACACAAAGAAGGGCCUCAGAUGAUGGUUCCAGGUCAGUUCGCAUGGGGAGAGUUGGUCCUUGUGGAAUAAGUAGAAACCUCUAUAAAUGUGGAAUAAGUAGGAAUCUCUGUGGAUGUGAAGGGCUAGAAAUUUAAAUUGGUUUUUAGAUAAUUUCUCAUAUCACCAUGGUACCAGUCUUAAACUGAAGCUUCUAUUUUUCAUGACAAAAAAACCUUAUUGGAGUCUGUUCUUCCAAGUUACUUAAUUGGAUUUAAUAAUUGCAUUCUGUGCUGUGGGAGGGCGUGGGAAUUCUGGAGGGCAACCAAGCAAAGCAUAGACUGCAUACAUGACAUUUUUAUUCUUGUUUCCUCUUUGAGCUGCUCUCCAUGAAUGCAGCGUUAGAAACAUUAUUAUUCUAAUUGAUGCAAGGUCAGCCCCAAACAGGUUGCUGCCUGAGACAAAAAUGUCAGGUGCUUACUGUACUGCCAGAUGAAUCUUACGGCAACAUUGGUGAGGGGAAGGGGUCCUCUGCUGCAGCCAAGACUAGUUUAGGUGACUCAGGUGACCCAUGCAGUGUCCAACAGAGAGGAACAGCUGAGGAGGGAAAGCUGAGAGGCUUUUGCUAUUGGCUCAUCCACACGCGCCAGCAUCUGCCUAAUAAGGUGGUUACAUUAAGUGUAAUGGGUUUAAUUCACACAGAAAUGCAAAAUGUAUAUGCAUUGAUAAAGGUUUAAAAUGGGGAAAUUCAAUUGCUAACAUUGGUUUCCCCCCAAACAAUAAGUUUCUAAGGAUUCCCCGUUGGUUGUUUCUCUACUCUGUGCUGAGAGUGAAGGUAAAGGUAAAGGGACCCCUGACCAUUAGGUCCAGUCGCGGACGACUCUGGGGUUGCAGCGCUCAUCUGCCUUUAUUGGCCGAGGGAGCCGGCGUACAGCUUCUGGGUCAUGUGGCCAGCAUGACUAAGCUGCUUCUGGCGAACCAGAGCAGUGCACGGAAACGCCAUUUACCUUCCCACCGGAGUGGUACCUAUUUAUCUACUUGCACUUUGACGUGCUUUCGAACUGUUAGGUUGGCAGGAGCUGGGACUGAACAACGGGAGCUCACCCUGUUGCAGGGAUUUGAACUGCUGACCUGCUGAUCGGCAAGUAUUGGGUUGCAAAUUUGCCAUCUUGAAAGGUGGCGGCUGUUAGUCUUUCUCCGAACACAGCAGAGAACAAAAGCAUGUGAUAAUAGCUCUCUAAAAAGAGCUGCUUAGCCUUAGGCAGGCUGGGAUGGGGGUUAGGGAGAGACACCAUUUUGAUUUUGGGAUUACUUCCUAUUUUCUAAGAUGCUGAGCCUGUGCUGGACAGCACACAAACAUUAUAUGGGUAUUUUUUAAAAAGUACAUUUGAUGUUUUAAUGAAGAAUGUUCUGCCCUAAAAGUUUGAAGAGUACUUUUUAUGCGCCUGGGCAAUGACUUAGUCCAAAAGGAGUCCGUUCUUAUGCUUCCAGUUGCUUUAAACUGUGUAAUAUCUGCAACAGGCCAGCCCUGCUUGUAUGCCAGACAAAAAGUGCCUGGUCGGGAUUCCCAUAGUCCACACAGUGCCUGCUCCCAGUUUGAGCUGAUAACUGGGGAAAGAGCCUUUGUUCAAAGCAGGGAGGGGAUGUUGCUGCAGCUCCCAUUAUCCUUGACCAUUGGCAAUGCUGAUGGAAGUUAGAGUCCAACCACCGUAGGUUCCUUGCCUCAGACAUAAAGGGAAAUUCCAUCUGGGAGGAAAGUGGUUGUUAGCAGAGCACUGCGUAAAUGCUAUACUUAUUUCUCAGCUUUCCUUUCAAGGGCACACUCUGCUAUAAGGAAUAAUAGCAAGAUGGAUCCACAAGUGCGGCUUUAACAUUCGUGGACGAGGUUCCAUUUGCAAAGCUGGUGUUUAAGGCGAAGGUCGCCGCCAAAUGAUUGCAAUCAUUGCAAACAGUGGUGUGCUCAGAAACUUGAGGCAUAUUGUUCCAGGGGAAGAGUGUUUGAGUCAGGCAGUGGGCAGAAUAAAAUAAAAGUACACGUGCUAGAAAGGUUGACGCGGGCCGAGAGUUAUUCACUAUUGUAGAGAAGCUGGAACGUCAUCGCCUGCCAUGAGUAAGUAAUUAUAGAGCGUGAGAAUGGUGAAGGUAGAAGAACGGAAGAGGGGAAGUCUCAGUCGGCUUGAUAGGGCCCAUGGGCAACCUAGUGAGGAAUAAGAGUCUGAGGCAAGAGGGAAUAAAUAGUGCCUAAUUCUCAUUGAAGUGAAUUAUGUGUGUGUGGACUGUAUCAGGUCAGAUUGUCACAUGAGGGAUCAUAUCUGAAUGCGCUUUCUUUCUUUAAAAAAGUUUAAAAGUCUUCACAUAGAAAAUUAGAUGUCAAUGGAAAUUUAGUUGUGUCCCAACACGGGCAUGUUCCAUGCUCAAGCUAAUACAGUAGAACCUUGGUUCCCAAACUUAAUCCGUUCUGGAAGUCCGUUUGACUCCCAAAACCAAGGCGUGGCUUCUGAUUGGCUGCAGGAGCUUCCUGCAGCCAAUCGGAUGCCACAAGAGCCACGCCGGAUGUUCGGCUCCCAAAGAAUGUUCGAAAACUGGAACAAUCACUUCCAAUUUUCGAUCGGGAGCCAGAAUGUUUGGCUCCCAAGGUGUUUGGAAGCUGAGGUUCCACUGUAAUAAUAAUAUUACCUUCAUCUUGAUCGGCAACUUAGACUCAGGGGAGCCAAUUUGGGCCCCAGGCUAUGGGUGCCCAGCGUGGUACCAGAAGUCAGGUUCCGAGGUCUUAGAAGACCUCAGAAAGCAUCUCUGAUGCCUUGGAAAUGCUGUCCGAGGCCUUGCGAGAGGGCCCUGCGGUGUGGGUGCCUCUGCUUAGACUUCUGUUAUUCAUGUGCGUGGGAAAGGAGUGAGUGACCUAUGGAUUCCACCCAGAACUAAGGUUUUAUUAAAAGUCUUUGGCUUUAUGAAUGACCAACCUGGAGGCUUCUGGUGGAUGUAGGAUGUAAAUUCAGUUUUCUUUUUUCUUUCCCUAGAUCAUUUUGUCUGUGAUCUUUGAGAGCGGACUGACUGAAAAUAGAAACUUGACAGAUGCCUGUUCCACUGCCACCACCUGCUCCUCCUCUUCCACCAUCUCUUUCUGGAGGAGCCCCACCACCAGCUCCUCCUCCUCCUCCUCCUCUUCCGCCAUCUUUCUCUGCAGCUCCACCACCACCUCCUCCUCCUCUACCUUCUUGUUCUGGCGGUCCACCACCUGCCCCGCCUCCACCUCCCCUUCCAUCACCUUCUUCUGGAUGUCCACCACCACCACCACCUCCUCCUGCCUCUUUUUCAUCAUCUUCUGGAGGCCCACCAUCACUGCCAUCUUCAUGCCCUUUGGUAAGGCUCAUCUUUCGAUUUUUUCCCUUGAUUGUGAAAAGUAUAACCAACAUUGCGGUCUCACAAUUAAAAUUCUGUUUUGGACUUAGAAACUUAGCUACAAAGUCCUAGGUUUAAAAUGUCUUAUCAGUAGGUGUUAUUAAAAUACAGGUUGUUGGUUUUUUAAUGAGAAAAAUUAACUAGUCUUGAAUGCCUAGACAUGCUUCUGUUUAUUGCAGAUUUCUCCAUCCACUUGGUUGUCACCAUUCCCAAUGUUAUCAAUGAGUCUGUUGACAUAAUCCGUAGCUCAGUCGGUAGAGCAUGAGACUCUUAAUCUCUGAGUCAUGGGUUUGAACCCCGCGUUGGGUGAAAGAUUCCUGCAUUGUAGGGGGUUGGACUAGAUGACCCUCAACUCUACAAGUCUGUGCUUCUGUGAAAACAUGGUUGCAAAGGCAGAGAAACACAGGAAGAUUCUUUAUAUUGUGACAGACCACUAAUCCAUCUAGCUCAGUAUUGUUUAUAUAAACCGACUGGCAGCUGCGAUUAUUAUUUGUUAAAUUUCUAUACAGUGGUACCUCAGGUUACAUACGCUUCAGGUUACAUACUUUUCAGGUUAGAGACUCCACUAACCCAGAAGAAGUGCUUCAGGUUAAGAACUUUGCUUCAGGAUGAGAACAGAAAUCGUGCUCUGGCGGUGCGGCAGAAGCGGGAGGCCCCAUUAGCUAAAGUGGUGCCUCAGGUUAAGAACAUUUUCAGGUUAAGAACAGACCUCCGGAACAAAUUAAGUACUUAACCUGAGGUACCACUGUACCACCUUUCAUCCAAGGAUCAUAGGGCAGUUUCAGGUUGGGUGUCUCCCAGCCCGACCUGGAGUUCGCAGGCAUCUUCUGCUUGCGAGGCACGUGGUCCAUCAUUGUGCUGCCUAAUAUCCUAACUUCAGAGGCUGUAGCGCUGCCAUAUGUCUGUAACUUCCUUAGAUUGCUGGAAUUUCUGAAAAUCAGUGAAAACGUUUGGGGCAACAUAUGUCGGAAGUGUUUCUUUUUUCCUUUAAAAAGUGCUAAUUUCCCUCCCUUAAAAUAACUCCUCAAAAACUUUUGUGUCCAGAUUUUCACUUUUUGAAAUAUGGCAACCCCUAGGAGGUUUUUAUUUCUUCAUUUGCACAGAGAAUUUAUAGGCCUUGGUGUCUGUAUCACGCACCUGCUAAGAUUACCCAGCUGUUACUGCAGCUGCUAGGUUUUCUGAGGAAACUGGAAUGAAGCUUAAGGAAUGUAAAUGGAAUGAGUCCUCACGUAUGCACUUCCUGUCCUGCAGUUGUAGCAACCGUCCAAGAUGUUUGCAUAUUGUCCAUUCUGUUUUCUGCAUCGUUUGAUCACCUCCACCUAUUGGGAACAGUAUUUCCCCCCCAGUAUUGUGGAUGCUAUUUGUUAAAAAAAGGUUUACCUGAAUACAGUAUUCUUUUUUGACAAAGCCAUUUCUGCCACUUCCGGUUAGAGACUCACGUUAGGCCAUACAAAUGAUACAAAUACAGCAAAUUGUGAAUACGCACACAUACUCACACUUCCUAGAGAGUAAUUGGAUACAGCGGGACUUCUUUAUAAACAAACAUUUAUAGGAUCAGACUACUGAUUGAGGGAUUAAUGGACUAAGACUCAUAUGAUAAACCAUCUAACACUUUUUAAAUUGAAUGACAUAAUCAUAAAACUGAGUCCCAUUUUCUUUAACUGGGGAUUAGGAGAUCGGUGCCUUCCUGCUUUCUGUGAUUAGUAGAAUUUGAAUUUGAAUAGAAGCCCACUUGAAUAAUUUGCACAUAGGACUCUGUUCACAGAAUAUAGCUUUUCAAAGCCGAACAUUCUGGGGUUUUUUUAAACAGCCAAAUUUAUUCUGCCUUUCUACUAAGCAAUUAAUGUUUUUCUUAGGAUACUUCACUAGAUUGUAUUAAAGCCGACAUAUAUUAAAUCACCUUAGUGAAUUCAAUAGGACUGUUCUUGCUUAAUUGUUGUCACCUUUAUUUAAAUAAAAACACCUCUCUGCGCUUAACUAGGGUUGUGGGAAUUUACACGUACUUCUGUAAAACAAGAAAAGCCUGAUUAAAAUAUUUAAUAAUAACAAAAAAAAGCUAGGGUUGUGGGAAUUUAACAUGGAGUCUGGCAUCUGAUGUAGGAGUGAGAAUAAAAGAGAAAAUUGUAUUGGGUAUCAUGAAGGAUAUUACAUAAAUUGCUUUGUGGAUUUUUAAAAAACCUUUAACACUUUAUUUUUCACUGGAAGGGGGUAACAUUGAAUUUCAAUACACUGAGCUGUCUGGAAAAUUACUGCAAGCUCCUGCAUCUGAAGCAGGUGUUCUGUUAUUCUGUCUGAUACUAUUGCAAUGAGAAACAAUUUUCUUGAAGGCAUCCUUGCAGGCAGAUGGUGGCAACGAUGUAAAUAAGGGGGGAGAUACUUAUUUAUGAACUUCCUGCGACUGCACUGUUUCAAACACUAGAAGAUGCUUCUUUGACAAAUCCAAUAUAAUUAAUGCUUUUCUCGAAUAACAACCCGUUCACCUUGCUGUUAGUGCUGAAACAGAAUCCUCUUUUAAGAAGAAAAAUAAUAUCACAACCUUUAUCCCUAUCUCCAUGUGCUUGGGAGUAAACCUCGUUGAAUCCAAUAGGGCUUACUUCUGAGUCAGCAUUGUGCUGGGUGGAAAAUUCAAAAAAAAUUGAAGCAAUCUCAAUUUAUUUUGUCUGCAGACUGAUGCAAGCUCACGAAAUGUGUGAAUGUCUGCUGCUCUUUACACUCCAUUACUGCAUUAUUUACUGUUAGUUAAUUAAUUAAAGCAAAUUAAUUAAUAGCCUGUCCUUUGACAAAAGACACCAGGGCAGUUUACAGCAACACAAAAAAAUACAACAUGAGUUAAUUAAAACAGUCAAGGUUAAAAACAACAACAACAUCUUGCCUCUUUUAGAUAACACCUGAGUGGCUGACCUGGGCAGAUAGCCAGCUCCCCCUCCUAUACAGAACAUAAUUUCCAAAUCCUGGCUCUAGACCCAAGGGUGCGGAGCUCGUUGGACUACAACGCCCAUUAUCCCUGAUCACAGACCAUGCUGGCUGAGGUCUUUGGGAGCUGGAGUCUAUCAACAUCUGGAAGCUACAGGUUUCCCCCUCCCCCACUUCUCUAAGCAGUGGGGUUCUGGGGGUGAAAUCUGCCAGAGGCAGGUGUGGUCUGCAAACUUAAGUAACAAGCCAGACGAUAAAGUGGGCUGGAAGCAUGUACAUAAUUGAAAGCAGGUAGCUGUCUAAAUCCAAAACAGCAAUCAAAGCUAGGUAGCAGGUGCCUAGGAGAAUCUUCACAUAAAGAGCAAGUUGCUCAUGCAGACUGAGGAGUGAUAACUGAUUCAAGGGAUUGGUGGGUGGUGACUGGCCCUUGGGUCAGGUAUGCUCAGGUAUUAAAGGUAAAGAGACCCCUGACCAUUAGGUCCAGUGGUGGCCGACUCUGGGGUUGCGGCGCUCAUCUCGCUUUAUUGGCCGAGGGAGCUGGCGUACAGCUUCCGGGUCAUGUGGCCAGCAUGACUAAGCCGCUUCUGGCGAACCAGAGCAGCGCACGGAAACGCCGUUUACCUUCCCACCGGAGCAGUACCUAUUUAUCUACUUGCACUUUGAUGUGCUUUCAAACUGCUAGGUUGGCAGGAGCAGGGACCGAGCAACGGGAGCUCAGCCCGUCAUGGGGAUUUGAACCGCCGACCUUCUGAUCGGCAAGCCCUAGGCUCUGUGGUUUAACCCACAGCGCCAUUACUGUGGUUGGGAGAAAUGUUUUUGCCAAAAAUCUCAGAAACCUCAUCAGGAGGGCUUUAAACUGACUAAUGUGGGGGAGGGAGAUAGUGCUCCUGAAGGUAGGAGUCUAUCAAUUGAUGAAGAUGAUCAUCCAAAUGUCAUAGACCAAAUGGAGCAAACAGCACACAGACCUAGUGGUGGGAGGAAAAAUCCUUAAAUAAGAGUCACGGGGAAUGAUUAAUGGACUUCAAUGUCUGUACACUAAUGCGCAAAGCAUGGGAAAUAAACAAGAUGAGCUUGAGCUCUUGGUACAGCAAACUAAAUAUGACAUAAUAGGCAUCACUGAAACCUGGUGGGAUAAGUCCCACGAUUGGAAUGUAAUAAUGGGGGAUACAAUCUAUUUCAGAGAAACAGACCAGACAAGAAAGGAGGAGGAGUGGCGUUAUAUGUCAGGGAUGUGUAUACCUGUGAAGAGAUCCAAGAUUUAGAACCUCAAAGCCAAAGUGAGAGCAUUUGGGUCAAAAUUAAGGGAGAGAAGAAUAACAGUGACCUCAUUGUGGGAGUUUACUAUAGAUCCCCAAGCCAAACGGAGGACAUAGAUGAUGCCUUCCUGGAACAGAUGGCCAAGCAUGCAAAAGGAAGGGAGAUAGUAGUAAUGGGGGACUUCAAUUACCCGGAUAUUUGUUGGAUGUCAAACUCAGCCAAGAGCAUAAGGUCAAACAGAUUCCUCACUGGCCUUGCAGACAACUUCAUUGUCCAGAAAGUGGGAGAAGCAACAAGAGGAACAGCCAUUUUAGAUCUGGUCCUAACCAAUGUUGAUGACCUGGUUAGUGGGGUAGAAGUGGAAGGAUCAUUAGGCGCAAGUGAUCAUGCUCUUCUGAAGUUUACUAUACAGCGGAAAGGAGCAGCCAAGCAUACUAGGACUCAAUUUCUUGACUUUAAGAAAGCUGACUUCAUAAAACUUAGGGAAGCGCUGGGUGAGAUCCCAUGGACAGUAAUACUAAAAGGAAAGGGAGUUCAUGAUGGCUGGGAGUUUGUUAAGAGGGAGAUACUAAAAGCACAACGUCAGGCAAUACCAAUGAGACGGAAACAUGGAAGGUGCCUAAAGAAGCCAGGGUGGCUAUCUAAAGAACUUUUAACUGAGUUAAGAUUAAAAAGGAUGUGUACAAAAAUGGAAAAGGGGGAAACCACCAAAGAGGAAUUCAAACAAAUAGCCAGCACGUGUAGACACAAAGUCAGAAAAGCUAAAGCACAGAAUGAACUCAGGCUUGCUAGAGAGGUUAAAAGCAACAAAAAGGCUUUUAUGGGUAUGUCCGUAGCAAAAGGAAGAACAAAGAAACAGUGGGGUCACUCAGAGGAGAAGAUGGUGAAAUGCAAACAGGGGACACAGAAAGAGCUGAACUCCUCAAUGCCUUCUUUGCCUCAGUCUUCUCCGAUAAAGAAAACAAUGCCCGACCUGAAGAAUUUGGAGCAAAUGAUUCAGCAAAGGAAACACAGCCCAGAAUAACUAAGGAGAUAGUACAAGAAUACUUGGCUAGUUUAGAUGUAUUCAAGUCUCCAGGGCCAGAUGAACUGCAUCCAAGAGUAUUAAAAGAACUGGCAGAUGUGAUCUCAGAACCACUGGCAGUCAUCUUUGAGAAUUCCUGGAGAACAGGCGAAGUCCCGGCAGACUGGAGGAGGGCAAAUGUUGUCCCUAUUUUCAAAAAGGGGAAAAGAGAGGACCCGAAUAAUUACCGCCCAGUCAGUCUGACAUCAAUACCAGGGAAGAUUCUGGAGCAGAUCAUUAAGCAAACAGUCUGUGAGCACCUAGAAAGGAAUGCUGUGAUCACCAAUAGUCAGCAUGGAUUUCUGAAAAAUAAGUCAUGUCAGACUAACCUGAUCUCGUUUUUUGACAGAAUUACAAGCCUGGUGGAUGAAGGAACGCAGUGGAUGUAGCCUACCUUGAUUUCAGCAAGGCAUUUGACAAGGUGCCUCAUGAUAUUCUUGUAAAGAAGCUGGUAAAAUGUGGUCUUGACUAUGCUACCACUCAGUGGAUUUGUAACUGGCUGACUGACCGAACCCAAAGGGUGCUCAUCAAUGGUUCCUCUUCAUCCUGGAGAAGAGUGACUAGUGGGGUGCCACAGGGUUCUGUCUUGGGCCCGGUCUUAUUCAACAUCUUUAUCAACGACUUGGGUGAUGGACUCAAGGGCAUCCUGAUCAAAUUUGCAGAUGACACCAAAUUGGGAGGGGUGGCUAACACCCCAGAGGACAGGAUCACACUUCAAAACGACCUUGACAGAUUAGAGAACUGGGCCAAAACAAACAAGAUGAAUUUUAACAGGGAGAAAUGUAAAGUAUUGCACUUGGGCAAAAAAAUGAGAGGCACAAAUACAAGAUGGGGGACACCUGGCUUGAGAGCAGUACAUGUGAAAAGGAUCUAGGAGUCUUGGUUGACCACAAACUUCACAUGAGCCAACAGUGUGACGCGGCAGCUAAAAAGCCAAUGCAAUUCUGGGCUGCAUCAAUAGGAGUAUAGCAUCUAGAUCAAGGGAAGUAAUAGUGCCACUGUAUUCUGCUCUGGUCAGACCUCACCUGGAGUACUGUGUCCAGUUCUGGGCACCACACUUCAAGAAGGACAUUGACAAACUGGAACGUGUCCAGAGGAGGGCAACCAAAAUGGUCAAAGGCCUGGAAACGAUGCCUUAUGAGGAACGGCUAAGAGAGCUGGGCAUGUUUAGCCUGGAGAAGAGGAGGUUAAGGGGUGAUAUGAUAGCCAUGUUCAAAUAUAUAAAAGGAUGUCACAUAGAGGAGGAGAAAGGUUGUUUUCUGCUGCUCCAGAGAAGCGGACACGGAGCAAUGGAUCCAAACUACAAGAAAGAAGAUUCCACCUAAACAUUAGGAAGAACUUCCUGACAGUAAGAGCUGUUCGACAGUGGAAUUUGCUGCCAAGGAGUGUGGUGGAGUCUCCUUCUUUGGAGGUCUUUAAGCAGAGGCUUGACAACCAUAUGUCAGGAGUGCUCUGAUGGUGUUUCCUGCUUGGCAGGGGGUUGGACUCGAUGGCCCUUGUGGUCUCUUCCAACUCUAUGAUUCUAUGAUUCUAUGAUUCUAUGAUUCUAUGAUUCAUUACAAGCCUAGAUAGCACACUCAGAGCACUGUGCUCAGUGUGCUGGGCUUGCAGCGAAAGAUAGAAUUGUAGAGUUGGAAGGGGCCAGGGUGGGUGUGGGUGUCAUCCUACAAUGCAGGAAUCUUUUGCUCAACAUGGGGCUCGAACCCAUGACCUUGAGAUUAAGAGUCUCACGUUCUUUACUGACUGAGCCAUCCCAGCUGCCAUGUUCAGGAGGGAAGGUACAAGAACCUGACUUCUAAGAGCCCCAGUUUGAGGCCUCCCUGACACCAAGCAUUUUCAACUUCCUGUAGUUGAGCUCACAGUUUAAAUUAUAGGGGGGGCCCCGCCCCAAGGCAAUUCCUGCUUUUCAAGGGAAAGAUUUUGGAUGGACAAGGCCAUCAAAAUGAGGCAGCCAUCGAAGGUGGCAGAUGCAGUGGGCAGUCUUGGCAAGAUGAGUCAUUGUGUCAGGUGGCACUGCCCUGUGCUAACCUGCUGUCCCGUCUCCAGUGCUGAAGUAAGAUUCAACUGGUCCAUUUGGGCAAGAGCUGAGCCCUGCCAAGUGAAAUGGCAAGCAUUUUUUUUUAAAAAAAGCUUUCAUUGGAAAAAGGGAGCCUUUGCACAGCCAUCUGUACCCACAAAAUCCUCCCUGGAACCUGGAAUCCUGAUUGUGCAUAGUUCUCGGUCACACAGAAGUGUCCAUCCAUUGCUAGGGUUGGGCGAUAUAUUGAUACCUUAUCCAAAAACCGGUCCGUAUUAUGAUAUCAGUUUCAUCAUUUUUGACCUGGCAAUACAUCGUGAAUCAUGUUGCAUGUGUGUGUGCUAUGCCAAAAAAUCACAAUGUGGGACAAUCUUUGAAGCCAGCCAAUGCCUCUACCUAGCUCCGUCCUUAUUUCAGACAUUGUGAUAUAUUAGUAUAUUGCAAUAUUUAGCUGGUGAUAUCCUCCUCCUUCUUUGGUGAUCACUUGUAGCCGAGUAAGAUUGUCUUCCAUGAACACGGUCUUAGCGGUUUGUCUGUAAGUGACUGUGGAGGCCAAUUCUGGAUCCACACGUCCUUCCACAGUGGGGACAUAGGUUUCCAGGCGGGAGUUGAUCACGGUGAGGGUUUGCCAAGUGUGCCUUCCUUUUAGCGCGUUUCUCUCUUUCGUCCUGAUUUUGAGCGUCUUCAAUGCCCAUGACACCUUUGGUAAAGGCUGUUCUCCAAUUGGAGCGCUCGCAGGCCAGUGUUUCCCAGUUGUCAGUGUUUAUACUACAUUUUUAAAGAUUUGCCUUGAGAGAGUCUUUGAAACUCUUUUGUUGACCACCAACAUUACGCUUUCCAUUUUAAAGUUCAGAAUAGAGUAGUUGCUUUGGAAGACGAUCACCAGGCAUCCGCACAACAUGACCAGUUCAACAAAGUUGAUGUUAAAAGCUGGUGAUAUAUUAUGAAGUUGAAAACCAGAUAUUGCCCAGCCCUACAGUUCGCCUUUACAUAGUUCCAUCCUUAUUUCAGACAUUGUGAUAUGUUGUUAUAUGUUGUGAUGUUUAGCUGGUAUCGGUAUAUCGCAAUGUUGAAAACCAGAUGUCGCCCAGCCUUAGCAGUCGCACUCUUCGCUUGAAAACCAGGGUUUUUUUGGUGCAUUCCCAUAGCCAUUGAUGAAUAUAAGAGCAUGAACACUCAAAUGGGGUUAAGAAUGUGUUGGGUGGCUGUUCUGAUCCACUGGCCCACAGGAGGGCUUGUAGGGAUGGUUGGAUGCAGGGAUACCAAAGGAGGUAGAAGGCGUAGACUUGCGGCAAAGCAUCCCACCAGUUCUCCUAGCCUUUGCAGAAGCAGAAUGGGCACUACAGCAAGGAGACAGCUUAUCUGCACCCAAGCAGAUGUACAGAUGUUCUCUAUGCACAAAGCAGCAUAUGUCAUUUUGUCUAGGACUUCCCAUCACUUCACCUGCCCGGUAGAGGACAUAGGUGGCCAAUACCCAGUUCUUACAGAUAGCUCCCUUUUCUGGGCUCAGAGCCCAGGACCCUAAGCCCCACAGAUAAGGGUAACAUCAAACCAAGCCACUUAGAAUAUUAUCAAAGCAAAUGAAUGCAAACAUACGCAAAGCAUUCCCCCAGCAAUCCAACAGUGGCCUUACUCCCCCUCUGCCCAAAAAUUUAUGUAAGUUUUUCAUAGCUUCCCACUUGAACCUUCUAUUUUUUAAAACACACACACACACACACACACACACACACAUUUUUGGGAGCAAAGAUACUGUGUGGUAAAAAAUAGAAUAACCCUCUCUGCUGAACAGUCAGCCUAUUAAAUAUAUGACUCAUUCCAUCUCAUUUUAAAAAGGAAAGGAAAGAGGGAGGUGCAACACUCCUUAUCUAACCUGACAUUUCUUAUAUGCGAAAGAGUAGAAAUUCUCCUAGCUUGACAAGGUAAACGUAGAGCCAAGUGAACAUGUUCUAAUUUAAUAAGCCUGGGUCACAGAAAUUAAUGUUAUCCUGAUCUACCGGAGCAAUUUGAGGGAUUCAGUAAAACACACUGUCUUCCAGUUUCUGUCGUCUUCAGAGCCUUGGCAAAAGGCCCAAAUGUUUUUCUUUCUAAUGGUGUGCCCUUUGCUUUUCUAAUAAUAACAUAAAAGGCCGAACAAGACUGACACCUUUCUCACUGUCUCUCUGCUUACAAAUUCUGCAGCCUUGGAAGAAAAUUAAUUUUCCAUUCAUUGCCAAAGUUUCAAAGGGCUAAUCUAUUUAUUUUUUUAAAAAAAGCAAACGGGGAUGUGUGUGUACCCAAGAUUGCUCAUCGUCCGAGUUGACCUACUGAAAUUAAUGGACAUAAAUUGGUCAUGUUCAUUCAUUUAAGUGGGCUUACUUUGAGUAUGAUUGGGUACAACCCAAAGUACCCCAAGUACCCCAGUGGUGUGAGAUUCCAGCUUUCCCAGGGUUUGUAUUUUCUUUGGAAUGAGGCACAGAGGAGACUGUGGUGUCUUUCAUGGUAUAUGGUUUAUUUGCACAUAUAUACAACCUGAGCCUACGAUGGAGGGGUUUGCAGCAUUCAGACCCCAAGAGGGUCUGGCUUCUCCCGUAGCCACAGCCUUAGAUUCCAGCAGAAAUCAAGCAUGGCUCUGACCCCAUGCCUUCUCAGCCUGCUGUCUCGCUUCCAGCUUCCAGCACGCAUAACUCCAACUCUCCACUCUGACCUUUGCUUUUCUAACUAGCAGUCAGUGGAGAGGGGCCCACCCAUUUUCCAUCCGGCACAGAUCCAUUUCCUUUGUUACCUUAAUCACCUAUGACGCACCAUGAAGCUAGCAGACUCUCCUCAAGUGUCCUAUUUUCCAGGGACAGUCCUGGAUUUAUAGAAGCCAUUCUGAUUUGAUCCUGGAAUGUCCCACUUUCCCUCUAUUUCCAUUGGUGAAGCAUUGGAGGGUAUGGUUAUGCAACCUCCGAGCCAAGGAGAUAAGUAACUAUACAGCCUUUAAAAGACAUCCGAAGGCAGCCCUGUAUUGGGAAGGUUUUGUUUUUUUAAAACGUUUAACGUUUUACUAUGUUUUUAUAUAUGUUGGAAGCUGUCCUGAGUGGCUGAGGCAACCUAGUCAGAUGGAGGGAUAUUAUUAUUAUUAUUAUUAUUAUUGAAUAGGUCAUCCUUAUUUUCAUUGGAGAAAUAUUGGAGGGUAGCUUUUCCAGGAAUUUGAGUCCUCCUUUAGAUUUUAACACUUGCUGGAUUAGGGUCUUGGCAAACAGCGUAUUCCACCCUAAACACAGGACAAUAUACAGUCGUACCUUGGUUUUCAAACAGCUUAGUUCUCGAAUGUUUUGGAUCAAGAACAACGCAAACCCAGAAGUGAGUGUUCUGGUUUGUGAACUAUUUUUGGAAGCUGAACAUCUGAUGGGGCUUCCAUGGCUUCCGAUUGGCUGCAGGAGCUUCCUGCAGCCAAUCAGAAGCCACGUUUUGGUUUUGGAAGUCAAAUGGGACUUCUGGAACGGAUUCUGUUUGACUUGCAAGGUAUGACUGUAUUGCUUUGCUAUUCCUACAAAAAGUAAAUAUAGCUGUGUUGGGCAAAUUGAAAUCCAUAUUAGGGCAAUGCCACUAUUAGGCCAACCAAAAUGUUGUAAGCUUUUGCCGUUCCUGGGCAUUCCUAGCCAUUUCCACAAUGGUCAAGGGUUUAUUGGCAUCUGAAGUACCAGGGAAGGAAGAUUGAAUGCCCCAAAGUGACCAAUUUCUCCCCUAAUCCACCAAAAUGCACAAUGCAUUCUUGAAUAUAAGUAUUGUGUAUGUUCAGAGUUUACUACUCUGUCCAGUCCUCCCCCCAAAAUUAUCUACUUAUUUUGGAAAGGGAGGGGGGAAAGCUAGUAUUUAGCAUGCAGAGAUGACACAAACUGUAGAUAUAUGAACCCAGGAACAAAACCACAGCUGUUGGUUCUAAAUUUAAACCUACGAGGUCCUGCUUUCUCACCCAAGCAGCAGAGCUACGGCAAAACCGUUUGUGGGAGUUGCUGAGAUAAAUUAUUUGUAACAGCACUGGAAAACAAGAAGCAAGGAGUUAAUUUGUUCCAGUGAUGUUUCUUCAGUUUUUCACAGUAUGUAUUGCUUAUUCUUCCAGAGAAGAUAGGUGAAAUUGGUUGUAAAUUCCACUGUUGCGUGUGCUGUUGCAUUUGCUAAUUAUAUGACUCAUUCAGGUUUUUGGUCGUAAUGGUAAAUAACAUUGUCUCUCUGUGAAAUUUCUAAAGGCACUUGAGGAUUGAGUUAUGGAAGCUAAUUUAUAAAGCAAUAUAUUCAUCCAUGCAUUUAUUUAUUUUUUGCAACAAAUGUAGCCUUAAAGAAUACAAGCUAUUAAAGGGAUUUUACAUCAUCCCCCUAGGAAUGUUUCUAACAGGACAGUACCUAAGUGUGCCAUCUAGAGGAGCUUAUGCACUUUUAGAAGAAAAGGAAAACGAGGAACCUGCUGUUUAAAAUGCUAAUAUAUAGACUAGCAGUUCUUAGCUUAUCAUUAGGAGGUAGGUUUGUGCUACUUGUGUUAUAUUGGGUAUCUCUUUCAGACAAAUAAUAGCUUGUCCUUUGAGCAUUUCGGGUGUUUACUUAGUGGCAUCAAACACAUUCUAAUGUGAGCAAAAUGCUACUGCAAUGCUGCUGCUGCUGCUGCUGCAAUUGUUUAUUCUCUGUACAGUGGUACCUUGGUUCUCAAACGCCUUGGUACUCAAACAACUUGGAACCCAAACACUGCAAACCGAGAAGUAAGUGUUCCAGUUUGUGAACUUUUUUUGGAAGCCAAACAUGCUCCAUUUUGGGUGUUACACUUCUGAUUUUUGUUUUGUUUUUGUGACUGUGUGGAACCCAGUUCAGCUACUGACUGACUGUGUGACCACAGUAUAUUGUUUAUUGCUUUCCUUUUAUGGAUCAGUGGUCUCAUUAGAUAGUAAAAUUCAUGUUAAAUUGCUGUUUUGGGGUUUUUUAAAAGUCUGGAAUGGAUUAAUCCAUUUUGCAUUACUUUCUAUGGGAAAGCACGCCUUGGUUUUGGAACGCUUUGGUUUUGGAACGGAGUUCCAGAACGGAUUAAGUUUGAGAACCAAGGUACCACUGUAUUCUAGAAGUUCUCUCUUGUCUUUAUUCUGUUUGUCAUCACCACACACCACACCACACACCCAUACCACACCUCAACAAGGAUAUUAGAGAGCUGAAAAAAAUAUUCAGAAAAGUGCAACCUAGAGGACCAGUGGCUGCUAUGAGGACAGGUGACAACAUCCAGAGCUUUAGGAGAGUAAAGCAGGGAUAUGAUGAUAAAGGUGUAUAAAAUUAUUUUUGAUGUGGGGAAAGGGUCCCCCCAGGGGAAAAAUCUCAUCGGCAUAUGGUUGGUCACUGCUGCAGCUUAGUCUUGUCUGGAUGUCACACCUGGAUGUCAUACCCUCAAAUAAUAAUAAUAAUAAUAAUAAUAAUAAUAAUAAUAAUAAUAAUUUAAUUUAUACCCCACCCAUCUGGCUGGGUUUCCUCAGCCACUCUGGGUGGCUCCCAACAGAAUAAAAAAGCAAUAACAUAUAGUACAUUCAGAUAAGGAUCUGCUGGAUCAAACCAAAGAUUCAGCACUCUUUCUACAGUGGCAACAACAACAAUAACAACAACAACAACAACAACAAAAACCCUGUUGAAAUCUCACAGGAAAGUCACAAGCACAGCAGCACAAUUUUAUUUUUUUAUUUUUUUAAAGGAAAUGCUGUUUACAGAUCUGUCUGUGUCCUUUGUCAGCUCCUUUCACUCUGGGAAAGUGUUUCACUUUUGUGUCCUAGCGGAGUAUUGCCAUGGAGAUAAUGUGUUGUUCGUUACGUUUGCCCCUUUUAUCAACUGCGAAUGAAUGUCCAGGUCAGUCUAACUCUGCCAGAGAAGGGAGUACGUAUUUCUAGAUAAGCUUAUUUGACAAUGUCAGGAAUGCUAUAAUAAAGACUGGCUAUGGGAAGAAUAAAAGUGUAUUAAGCUUAGCCGUCAAAUGGAUCUUGGGGGUUAUUUCAGGUAGUGGAGCUGCCUUUUCUGCAGAACGAGAUCACUCAUGACAGCUGUGGUUAGAGGCAAACCUCCCUGUCACAUGACUAAAGUUGUGUACAGAUUUCCAUUUAGUCUGACUCCUGUGCUUUCAUACUACUGGCUCUUGAAUCUAUUUACAUAGUGUCCCUCAACGAUGCAACUGUCGUUUCUAAAGAAAUGUUGCUGUUGGGUGUCUGCCCCCCACCCUCAGACCAUCUUCAGUAUGCCAGGAAAACUUAAGCCACACUCACUUUGCGGUUAAGCUGAGGUGUGUACAUUGGAGACAGCCAUUGCGCGUGCGCCGAUGACAGCAUGUGCACAGAUGACAGCUUCAUGAAUAGGAGCUGGAGGAUGCUUGCCAGGGCAGGGAAACCAAAUAGGAAAUGUGCAUUGGAGUGGGGAGAGACAUCCCAGCCUCCUCUCCAGUGGGGACAACAGCAGACAGAUGCAACUUGAAAAGCGGCAGGAGGGGAAACCAACUUGCUGCACUUUAAGCCGCUAAUGCAGGGGUCCCCAAACUAAGGCCCACGGGCCAGAUAAGGCCUGAGGGACUCGUUUAUCCAGCCCGCAGUGACCCCUGCCGGCCGCUCUUUCCAGUGCUGCACUGCACAGCUGCCCACUUCUGGGUUGGAGGAGCACUGGAAAUAGCUUGUGCGCAUGUGCAUUAUUUGCGCAUGGGCAAACGUUCUUUCUGGUGCACAUCCGGGUCGGACGAGGCCCAUGCACAUGCGCACAAGCUUUUCCCAGUGCUCCUCCAACCUGGAAUUGUGCCGGGAAUAGCGUGUGCGCACGGGUAUGGGCACGCGCUCCCCUGACCUCUGGCUCGCCGCGUGAUCGGCGCUGGGGACACCGGACCCAGGCGCGGUAAGUUUGCUAAUGUGUAUUUGGAGUUGCAGAGUUUGGUAUGUUGACUCACUUCCUCCAGACUUGCCUUUGUCCCAGCUCACUUAUGGUCAACAGAAUAAACCGCACAAGCUGAUCGAAAGUGGUCCUAUAUUGUGUGACUUCAUCAAGAGAUUUUCCCAUGCCCGUUAGAGGAAGGAUGAGUAGAAAAGAGCAAGAAAACAGCAUUCAACUUGCAUAAGAUACGUUUGGCAGUCCCUACACUUCAGCAGUCCUAAGCCACACCUGUCUUUUGCCCUGGUUGUAAGCAGGUGAAGUGAAAGUAAAUCCCAUUGAUUUCAGUUUCUCCGGCUUCCAGUUGCACCAAACUGGUUUCCACGGUCUUUGCAACAGUGAGAAAUGGAUUGACAUGUUCAGUGAGUGUCCGUAAGCUGUAAAUACAGGAUCUAGUGGUGGGACUGUACCAGUAUCACAGUGGGAUUGUGAUUAUUGUCUGGGGGGGGGGGGAUGUCUGAAGAAACAGAGCCAAAAAAUAAUUCAUAAUAGAAUUGUAGCAUUGGAAGGGAUCCUGAAAGUCAUUUAGUCCAACCCCCUGUGAUGCAAAUAUAUUGCAAAGAGCCGUUUCCUAAAGCAGGCAUUGCAAGACACGUUUGUUGCAUAUUGCAGAGGUAGCCAACACAGUGCUCUCCGAAGAUUGCUGGACUCGGAUUGGCCCUGAUCAGUGGCCAUGCUUGGCUGGAGCUGUUGGGGGAAGGAGGCUAAUAACAUCUAGAGGGCACCGUGUUGUGUACUGAAUAGCUAGCAUAAACAUAGCAGGUGGUGAUUGAUGACCAGGUGGUUUUGCUCACCUCCACUGUGUGGCGACUGAUGCUUAUUGGGACUAGAGGGGCAGAAGGCAGGGAGACCAGCAGGAGGCGGAGCCAGAACCAAUGACAGGCAGAGCUAAUGACAGGUGGAGGCUGGCUAAGGACCAGUUGAGUCUGGUCCAUUAGGGAGAAGGGGGAGCACUGCCCCACCAAUUUCAGCCUGCUCCCAGCCAGCCUUCACCAAACUGCCUCUUUUCUUACAAGAAGUCAGGGGGCGGAGCGGAUCCGCCUGUCAUAGGUUCUAGCUCCGCCUACUGUUGUGUUGUUCCUCCCUCCCAUCUAUCCUAUCAAUGGGCAUCAGUCACCUCUGGGCCCCACUUGCCCUAAUGGACCAACCUGCCCUGCCUCUCUCCUUGUGCUUCUUUGUUCUUCAGCCUCUGUGGAACCGUGAGCCUCACUGUCUGCUCUCCUUGACAGGCAAACUCCGAGCCGCCCAAGCAGAGGAGGGAGGACUCGAAAAGCCGCAGUGCUUUGCUGCACGAGAUCCAGAGAGGGACUCGGCUGAGGAAAGUAUCGCAGACCAAUGACCGAAGUGCACCGCAGAUUGAAAGUGAGUCUUCGGCUUCCAGAACUUCUCCAAAGCAAUGGUCACAGAGCUGUUUUUUUCCAGGCUGAAAGUCCCUGUGGGCUUUUUGUUUUUGUUUUGCUUGGUUACCAAACCCUGGAAAAGCACCACAUAGAUAAGCCUCUUCUACUUAUGAGCUGAAAGCUGCUUAUAUUGGCCACAUUUCUUGAGGUUUGACCUGUCCAGUUCCACACCCCGCCCUGCAAGGACCAAGCCUCCCAUUAUAAGCCUCCUGCCUUUUGGUCUGUAUUAAUGUACAACUUCUUUGUAUAUAUAGCAAGGGGGUGGACAGCCUAUAUCUUUUUUUCUGACCAGCCCAGGAGAGGAAACGUGUUGUGGAUUCUUUCUUAAGACUCCCUAACCCCAGUUUGAAAAGUUAAUUAUGUUGCUGGAGAUGGGUGUUCUAAAUGCAGACCGGACACUGUUCAUCCUUUACUUUUUUCUUAUUAGAUUCCCACCCAGCCCCCUGGUCUUUCCUUUAACAGCAUUUCUGAAAACUUGUCAGUUGUUCAUUGGCCCAUGUCACAAGGAAAGUGGAACUGUGAAUAGUUGCCAUUUUCUCUGUAAAAAGGCAGGAUUCAGAUAUUCCAGAAAAUUUAAUUUUAUUACAGUGUUCUUUUAUCUAUUCUCUGUAAAUAUUCCACUUUUUAUUAAAUGUUUGAUCUGUAUGGUCUCGGAAUCUUGCUGUCAAGAUGGAUAGAUUAGCAAGAAGAAGGUCCCUGCCUUCAUUCACACACCAGAGGGUGCUGUGUUUCAGGAUGUGGAGAAUUGUCUAUGUGGCUGUUGCAUCAAGUCGCUUUCUUAUUCAUUAUAUGCUGCAGGGAAAGACACCGAGGGUAAAAAUAAAAAGGGCCAGUAACUCGGAAAGCUUGAUAGAAUAACCCAGAUUUAAUUUUUAUUUUAUUCUUUUGUCACAGACUCUAGGAGGAGGGCCAGCAGGGAUGGAGGAAGCUCAGGAACCGGCAGAAGUGACAUCCCUCAGGCAUUGGGGAACCUCUUUGCAGAGGGUUUUCCUGUUCUGAGACCAGUAGGCCAAAGGGAUCUGACAGGUAAAAGAAACAUUUUUCUAUUUAAAAACAUCGUCCUCUUGCAGUAACUAGAGCCUGGGUAAACAAAAUACGAUGUUUUUUUCUUAUGAUAUGUUUGAAAGAGACACUAAUUUAUUCUUCAGAAACAAUAAACACUCUCUCUCUCUCUCUCUCUCUCUCUCUAUAUAUAAUCUGUUUCAGUAAAACAUUGUAGGGCAAGCUUCUUUGACUCUCCCUUUACACUCAGUUUCCCUAGCAACAAUCUUAUUUUGGCCCAGGAUAGGAAAACCAUCAAAACAGUAUUUUUAUAUAUUUAAAAGCCACCAUGAACCACUCUUCAGCCAUGGCUCGCAAGAGCAGUUUUCGGAUUGGCCCAUAAAAACAAAUGUGACAGAAAAACCAUAUGGAAAAACUGGAUAGCUCAGUUGGUUAGAGCAUGGCGCUGAUAAAGCCAAGGCUGCAGGUUCAAUCCCCACAACGGACAGCUGCAAAUUCCUGCAUUGCGGGGGUUGAACUUAGAUGAUCCUCAGGGUCCUUUCAUAUUCAGGCCCUUUGGCUGGAGCUGACAAUAACACCAAGAUGCCACCAGGAGAACCUCUCUUGGAAGGACAUUUCAAAGAUGGAGUGCCACCACAGAAUAUGCUCUGUCUCUGUUCAUCACCCAUCACACGUCAGACAAGGGAGGGAGGGAGAAGGCAGCAGACACGGAACAAGGCCUCUGAGGCAGGGCAGGUUCCCCUGGUCCCAAGCCAUUGAGUGAAAACCGGUCCUUUGACUUGUGCUAGUUCAUUGACUAGCAAUUAAGUGUAGAAUUUUCUGGUGUUGAGAUGUUCCAUAUGCCCAGUUAACAACCCCAGUGCUGCCUCUUGUGUUCCCUGCAGUUCCCAGUCUUCAGAAGGCAGCCCCACCAGCAACACACUGCAGCAGUCUAAAAAGCGACGUGACAAGUGCCACUGAGAACCAUGGCCAGGUUUAUCUCUAUAUACAUAUGCUCUCAUUCCAAUGAGAGAAAUCUAAUUAAAGCAAACAGUUUCUUGGGGAAACGUACAUCGGAAAUGGCAGGCUUAAUAAGCUGGGUGGAAAGGGCAAAAAACACCCAGAUCUGUCCGUACCACGAAUGCCCCGGGGCUUCUGCCUCGCCUCAGUGCAGCAUAACUUGAGAUAUACAGGAAUAAUUGCUCAUUCUGUUGAGUAGGAGGCUGUGAAUUUCUGUCGUUCGCGUCAGAGCAAAAUGUGUCGGGGUUUCAGCCACCUCUGCUCUGCCUCCUGGGAAAUGGCCGAGUCACUGUUGAUAUUGCAGCGUCUGACAGCUAAUCUGUAGGAUUGGAAUGGCAGGCAGGCAAUGGGGGUUUGUGGCAAAGGGAAACGAGAUUUGUGAAGAGGCUGACAGGACAAAUUCACAUCUUUUUUGGUCGUCGUUCAAAGUGAGUGGCCCGCGCCACUGUUACCUUGGUUUAUUUGCUGCUUCCUAAAACUUUUAUUUGGUUUCCUCAGGUGGUCGGGCGGGUCAGCCAAGCGCUGUAAGGACAUCUCCUCCUGCAAAGGGUCCAGACCCACCGAACAAUAAUGGGAAGGCCAGCGGCAACCUUCAAACUGCGUCUGACAGCCCCAAACCAGCAAGUCCAUCGGAAGCAUCCAAGGCCCAGCAAGCGAUUCCGGCUCGUCCCAACAUCCCUGCUCCUCCUCCUCCUCCGCCGCUGCCGCUAUCGCCUUCCUCCAGCAAACCUUCGCUUAUCUUUCCCCCUCCUCCCUCUCUCCCCCCUCCUCUGCUUGAAAAUCCCGAGAGCCUCCCCUCCCCAAGCGCUGCUGCUCCUUCUCCCCGCAAAACCCCAGCAUCCCCUUCACACAUGCCGGCGCCGCCACUGCCUCCUCCUCCCCCUCCCUUGCCUUUAGGGCCCCCUACUUCACUCCCAGGCAAAACCAGCGAGUUCCCCACUCCGUCGGCCUCCCAGCCUGACCUAAGGCUCAGUUCCCCUUCCGUGCCCCCUCCGCCACCUCCAGGGCCUUCUAUGUCCACGUUUUCCUCACACAGGACGUCUUUGCCGCUGCCCCCUUCGCCAACUUCUCUCAGUGCCUCGAGCGGCAGUGGCGAAGCCCCGCCUCCGCUGCCCCCCAAGUCGCCGUUUGUGCAGUCCCAGAUGCAGAAGCCCAGCAUUCAGUCGCUGCCUCUUCCCCCAGCCCCUCCAAGCACACAGCAGGUGGCUGUGACACACAAGAGGAGACAAGGCAGAGGCGGAGGUAGGAAUGGCACUCUUUAGCUGCAUCAACACUGGUCCAUUUCAAUGUACCAUAGUCCAAAAUGCAGGGGUAGGCCAGCGCCAUGGCCUGCAGCCUCCAGCAUCCCCUACGCUGGCUGGUGCUGGAGGGAGAUGUAGUCUUUGCCACGACUGUGUAUCGCUGCGAACCUGGAAGUGGCACGGAAAGGGGCAAAAACUGCCCUAAAGGAAUGCGGCAAUGGCAAUCCCACAAGCCCUUGCACCGACUGCUGAGGCCCGUGGAGAGUUUGAGCAAAGAGAUUUGGAAGGAGUGAUUUUGGUGUUUUCAGGCUUUUUCUAUGGCGUUCAUAAUAUGUACAGCCGUACCUUGUUUGAUGAACGCCUUGCAACUCAAGCAUUUUGGCUCCCAAACGCCACAAACCCGGAAGUGAGUGUUCCAGUUUGCGAACAUUCUUUGGAACCCAAAUAUUUGAUGGGCUUUCCACGGCUUCCGAUUGGCUGCAGGAACUUCCUGCUUUGGUUUUUGAACAUUUUGGAAGUCGAAUGGACUUCCGGAACAGAUUCCAUUUGACUUCUGAGGUACCACUGUAUAUGUAAUUUCGUUUAAAUGCAUGGUGCCUCGGAACGUAACCCCCACAUAUAAAUGUGAGGAGUUGCCCGUAUAGUGCUAAAUCAGGCAUAGACAACCUUCGGCCCUCCAGAUGUUUUGCACUACAAUUCCCAUCAUCCCUGACCACUGUUCCUGUUAGCUAGGGAUCAUGGGAGUUGUAGACCGAAACAUCUGGAGGGCCGAAGGUUGCCUAUGCCUGUGCUAAAUCAUGCCAGACCUGAGUUCAGCCAGGCAUGUGUUUCUUUUGUAUAUGCUUUGAUUUGUAGAGAGCAAAAUCUAAACUAAGCGUGGGGCUGGCAGUUCGGAAGGCAUCUUUGUACACAACUGCAGAAUUGAUGGGCGUAUGUAAAAAUCAGAGGAAGCGAAAGCGUAUGUUUGAAAAGGUCUCUCUUUACAUUUGAAGCACACUGGUUUUCCCAAAGAAUCUUGGAAACUGUAGUUUACCCCCCAGAAAAAGAGCUACAGAUUACACUAGCUUUAAGAAGGUAGCGCUCCCGGGAUUCUUGGAGGGGGGAAGAGUUGUUUGCUUUAAAUAUAUGGUGUGUAUGCAGCCUUACUGAAAUCUAGUGAACAGGCAGGUUUGCAGACAAGUAUAUUUGAAUAGCAGCAACAAAUGAAUGGGACGCAGAGAAAGAGGGAUAAUCAUGGGACCAUUCGGACUCUUUUAACUGCACAUUCAGAACACUUGCCAUUGUACAGCUCUACUGGGAAUGCACUGCUUUAGGACAAAUUGAAUGUUCACUUGUUCUUUCAAUAAUAACAAUAAAUACCCUUUUAAAAUGUGUUGGGGAGGGGGUGGGGCUUACUGGGUUGUUUUUUAUUUUUAUUACGUAUUUUGUGGUUUUAUAUUGCCACCACCCUGAGACCUCAGGGUAUAGGUUGGUAUACAAAUUUAAUAAAUAAUAAUAAGAUCAUCCUUGUCCAUCGAAAGCAAGCACAUUGGGAAGUGGGUAAGAUUAGAAAUUUAUUUCACAAUGAGAGUCCUGUUGUGCUCAGGUCCUGCUUUCCAUGGGUGUCUGGCUGACCACUGUAAAAGCAGGCUGUUGGACUAGAUAUGUUCUCAUGAUGUUAGAAUCAGCAGCACUGCAUUUCUCCUGUGCAGAUACUGCAAAAAGGGGCUACUAAUGUUGUUUUACGCAGGUUGCAUGCUAACUAGCCUGUAGUUUGGGGUGCGGGUGGCACUGUGGGUUAAACCACAGAGCCUAGGACUUGCCAAUCAGAAGGUCGGCGGUUCGAAUCCCCGUGACGGGGUGAGCUCCCGUUGCUCGGUCCCUGCUGCUGCCAACCUAGCAGUUUGAAAGCACGUCAAAGUGCAAGUAGAUAAAUAGGUACCACUCCAGCGGGAAGGUAAACAGCGUUUUCGUGCGCUGCUCUGGUUCGCCAGAAGCGGCUUAGUCAUGCUGGCCACAUGACCCGGAAGCUGUACGCUAGCUCCCUCGGCCAAUAUAGCGAGAUGAGCGCCGCAACCCCAGAGUCGGCCACGACUGGACCUAAUGGUCAGGGGUCCCUUUAGCUUUCCUAGCCUGUAGUUUAAAGUGGUCACACGUCAAUAGGGCUGCAACAUAGGGGUUUUCUGAAUAUUUAGACCUGCUCUUUGCCUGUAGGCUACUUCACAGGGAUGGUGUACAGGUUAUUUACGCUAGCCUGAGCUCCUUGGAAGGAGGAUAAGAUGUAAGUGUAGUAAAAAACAAGUAUGUCUGCUGCAAUGUUUGCUUAUCUUCUCUGAGCCUUUUUCUAAUGUGUAUUUUCUCUUAGGAAAGCUGAUGCCACCCCCAGCACCUCCUGCAAGGUCUCCGACAACUGAACUCUCAAGCAAAUGCCAAUAUGCUCAAGUAUCUCCCUGGCUGCCUAGCCCAGACCUCUGCUCAGCAAUUAAGAAUGGGGCAGUCCACAUAAUGGGUAAUGUUGAUAAACCUAUGUCUCUGCCCUGCCCAAAGAUAAAAAUGGCAAGCUUAAAGAAUGUAGGAACUUGUCUUCCCCCAAAACGAUGGGGUAUUCACCCAUGAAGGCUUGUUCAAAUAAGGUGUUUACUAAUUUACUAAGGAAUGGCAAGAGAAGAACCUAAACAAUGAUAUUACAGAAAAAAAGCAAAUUAAAUUUUAAGUAUGUAGCAUUGAGCUUCUUUUGCUGUAGAUUUCAGAUACAAAUGUAACUUCAUGUUGUUUUGAGGUUAAGAAAUGGAUAUUUGCUGAAGUAACUGGGUGGAAACUUUUUUUAGAAACAGAGGGAGAAUAAUAUCAAUAAUGUUUAGCAGCUAUCUAAAAACUGAAAGCUGUUUACAUGCACCCUCAAACUCUUUGUAAGGUGAAACAGUUUUAUUAUACCGUAAGUAUCUUUACUGAUGUUGUAAAAAUUCUGCCAUGCGAUAAGUUUGCCAAAUCACUUAAUGGCUGAGCGUGAACAUUCUGGCUCUUGUUGUUUUAUUAAAAAAUAAUUUCAAACACCACAAGUAACAUGGAACACCCUCCACCCCAAAAGCAUGCAAACAAAGCAUGCAAACCAUUUUCAGGUUCAACAUGCUCCCAAAGGAACUAAUUCAAUUUCCUGGUUUUUGUUUUACAAAACCAACUAGUUCCUUUCACAUACAGUUCACAGGUGACUUCAAGUUCAUCCAAAUCAUCAUAGAAUUGUAGGGUUGGAAGGAACCCCUAGGGUCAUCUAGUCCAACCCUCUGCAAUGCAGGAAUCCCAGCUAAUUAUUUUUUUCAGCAUUCAGAAUAUUAUAAGCUCUGUGCUUGAAGUAUAAAAUACACUUGAGAAGACUAAGGAAACAUCAAAACAUGCACAUAGUGAGAUGUGAAUGGUUUUAUCUUUCUCAACGAUUGUGAUCUUUAAGCUUAAUGGCCCAACGAGUUUGAAGAUGUGUGUGUGUGAGUGUGUGUGUGUGUGUGUGUGUGUGUGUGUAAGGUAACGGAGUUGAAGAUUAACUAGAAAUCAUUCAAAGUUCUAUCCCAAAAUGAACCUAAUUCACACUCAGUUCAGUUGGCAAUGAUGGGAACUACUUUGGGGGUAGUUCAGAGAUUUUUGAACUGGUGCAGUAAACUUUGUUGCCUCAAACGACUUUAUUCCAAGAACUGUCUUAGACCAUUCCUUUAUCAUUUUUCUACAGUUCCUUGAAUUGGUUGAAUUGUUGUAACUCAAAGGGGUGUUUUCCAUUUAAUUCUCCAGAUGACUUUGAAUCUAAAUUUACUUUCCAUUCCAUGGAAGAAUUCCCUCCUCCUGAUGAGUUUAAGCCAUGCCAGAAAAUUUAUCCUAGCCAGGAAGCUAGAGGUAAGUGAGAAAGUUCUGUUACAGUCUGAUCAGUUCAGGAUAGUUAAAUUAUUCUACUCCUCUUAAAGACUAGAAACAGUUGCGUGAUUAUGACUCCUUAGAAAUUUUCAAGAAACAGUGGCCUGGUCAGAAAUAGAGGAGAUGCUCACUAGACAGAAGUCUGCUUGGUCAGAUCAUGUAGAUAAAAAUAAUCUGCGAGAGUUUUGCAGCUAGCAUUAAAGGACUUGUUUCUAUGUGCUAGGAAGCCAUUGGCUUGGGUCACCUGGCUUGAAUCCUCAUUGCAGAAUCUCCUUUAGCAUUCUGAACUUGAGUCCACCUUUGAAACUCAUGAUUCUGUUACCAGAACAAGCCACAAGACUCGGACGCCUGCCUGGUUGGAUUUGAAGGCACUGAAAGCUAAAGUGGCUUCUCCUUACAUGUCAGAAACAUGCCUGAAAUCUACGGACUUGGUUGUUCGGCUGUGGCUUUUUGUCAUUUUGGUUUUCUAGCUAGCUUCCUUUCUAUUUUUUCAGAUAGCACCAACAACCCUCCAUUAAGGACACAAGUCAGAUGAGAGAUCUCGGUAGCAGGAGCAUCGCUGGAAGGAUCAACGGAGCAUUGUGCAACGUAGGACCCUGUUUUGAUGACCGCACAGUACAUGCAAGCAAAACUGGCACUGCGUCCAAGAUCAUACGUGGUAAACGGUGGGAUUGACUGGACUAGCACACAGUUGGAAAUUAUUGUUGUAUAAUUCCGUUUCAAUUGCUUUAAACCUGGGCUGAGAUUUGUUUUUAAUUUUGUGGAAUAAUCAGUAUAUAUAUAUAAAUAUAAAACAUGAACUAGUAGCCCACCUGUGUGGGUCAUACUUUAUUUUAGCAUGAGUGUUCACCCUGUUCAAAAUGCAAACGAGUUUGCAUAGACGACAAUGGUUGAAGUUCCUGCCUGUAGUAUCUGCUGGAUAUAAUUUAUUCGACCACGUAAAUCAUGCUUUCAAACUAGGUUUGCUAUAUUUAAAUGUAUGCAAGUUCCCAUCCACCCCCUUAGGAAUUCUGUGCGUUGUAACUAUAUACAUAUAUAUAUAUAUAUAUAUAUAUAUAUAUAUAUACACACACACACACACACACACACACACACAAUCCCCUUCUUUGCCUUGCCUCUCUGUAGUUACACUAAAAUGGCUUUCCAGUUAAUGCAGUGGUGUGGAUUGCCAGUGGAACGCAGCAUGUGUGCAUAUAUGUAUAUUCAAGUACGUAGGUGAUUGGCACCAACCUUCCUUAGCACAGCAGAGGAUGGUACCAGGUGUUCACUGGAAAAUGCACAAGCUCCAGCUGAUUAGCAAGCAUGGAAUACCUUCUCCUGAUUUUUGCCACGUUGCUGCCUUUCACACAUCACCAACAUCCCUCCUAGAUGGUCAGUCCCAUCCAUCCCUUUGAUUAGGAAGUGGAGGAAAACCUGACAGCUGACUAUUGAAAUGAGGCAAAGGAUAAUAGAAUGUAUAUUGACUAAUGAGCAUCUAGGCUACAUCACUACACAACUGUGCCUCCUGGCAUAACAUAUUUAUUAUAUUAACAUCCCCAGCAAAUCUGAAGGACCAAACUAGAUGGUUAUAUGGCUCUAAUCGUUUCUGAACAAUGUUGCUCCAGAUGAAGAGCAUCAACAGGAAGCUGGAGGAAAUGCAGCAGGGAAAACAUUUUGAAUAAGGAAAAAUGGAGUUUGAUACCUCCUCUGCCACUCCUGCUUUCAAACUGGUAGUGUCCUCUGGUUGCUUUGUAUUAAAAGGGGGGAAAGAUGCCAGUAUCUUACUCGUAGGGGCCACGCUAGGUACCAUAUAGCAAAAAUAUGUAAGAAGGGUAGCAGGUGUUCUUUUUUGCAUGUGUGCGCGCUCUGUGAUAUUCAGCUUGGCUCCUGAAAGUAGGCUACUAGCACCUCUGAUUUUAGCAACAAACUAAAGUUCUACCGUAUUUUUCGCUCUAUAAGACGCACCAAACCACAAGACGCACCUAGUUUUUGGAGGAGGAAAACAAGAAAAAAAUAUUCUGAAUCUCAGAAGUCAGAACAGCAAGAGGUGAAAGCAGCAAUCCCUCUUGCUAUUCUGGCUUGUGGGAUAGCUGAACAGCCUGCAUUCGCUCCAUAAGACGCACAGUCAUUUCCCAUUACUUUUUAGGAGGGGAAAAGUGAGUCUUAGAGAGCAAAAAAUACGGUACUUAAAUGUUGUUUAAGAAGGGGGAAAGAGCAACGUAACACCUGUUCUUUUGGCUAGCUUUAACAAACAAGUUCCUAGUGCGCUUAUGAUGAAGCAACCAGAAAACGGGGACAUCAGUCUGCAUUAGGGAAUAAAGAUGAGCAGGUUGUGGGGGCUUAAUGAUUCUUGAUUUUGAAAUAAGGGAGCAAGCAUCCAUAUUUGUCUCCUUGACUACUGAACUCUGCCCAUUUUGUCUCUAGCAGGGAGAAAGAAAUGCAAAAUGGGAGUCCGUAUGCACCUAGCAAAAUAGCAGCAAAGUAUUUCUGUGAACUGGAUAUUUAAAAACAAAGAAGUGUUCUCAAUAGUAUGAAAAAUACCAUGUGAUUUCAUUUUAAAAUGCCAUGCGAAAUGUAACUUCAUCUUUUUUCUUCUCUUUGAGC